AUGCCAGCCGACGAGUACUCUGUCGGCGGGGGCGGAAAGCUCAAACUAAAAGGCUCUAAAGUAAGCGACGGCCGCAUAGAAAAGAAAAAGAAGAAAGCCAAGAAAAGCAACCCGGAAACCGGCAGCAAGAAAGAAAGCGAGGAUGCUCCUCCGCCUGCGUCUACAUCCCAGGCAGCAGAUGAGAAGGAGAGCUCUACUUCUCUGCCUCAGCCGGAUGAAUCUGAUGCCGGGGUGGGUGUCGUAGCUGCUGGGAAGACAGAGGCGGAGAAGAAGCAUGAGGAGAUGAGGAAGAAGAGGUUACAAGAGCGUCUCAAAAGAGAAGGAGUUAAGACGCAUAAAGAGCGAGUGGAAGAGUUGAACAAAUAUCUCAGUCGACUGAGCGAACAUCACGACAUGCCGAAGAUUGGACCCGGUUAA